AUGUCGGAUAUCGAGUCACAGCGAGACCUCGGGGCUGGGCUUCCGAGGACCAACAGGAUAAUAGACGUUGCCUUCCCUGGUCUUUCAAUGGACAAAUCAAUUGUCUUGAUUUCACUGGCACAGCUUGGUUUCUACGUCCUUUCAUGUGCAAUGUCAUCGGCGUUUAAGCCAUCUGGACGUGUCCUCUACCAACUCGGAGCCACAUACGGACCUGCGAUACGUCACUUCCAAGCAUGGAGACUGUUAAUGCCAGUUUUUCUCCAUGCCGGAAUCGUGCAUUUCUUGUUCAACACCCUCUUCAUUUUGCACAUGGGGCUUGACAAGGAAGCAAAGUACGGCAGGAGAAACCUCCUAAUUCUCUACUUCUCCUCUGCACUAAUUGGAAACAUGUUUACUGUAUUGAUGCACCCAUGUUCGCUGGCUGUUGGUGCGAGUACCGCUGGGUUUGGCCUUGUUGGUUCAAUACUCGCGGAAAUAUUGAUUGUGUGGCACAAGCUUGACGAUAUUACGCGGAACUCGUACAUGCUGGAUGUAACGGUGUUUGGAGCUCUCAUGAUUUUGCUUUCGUACGGACAAUCUGUUGACUUCUGGGGCCACUUGGGAGGCUUCGUUUGUGGAAUUGCAUUGACUUGCGAGUUCAACAAACAUAUUCGAGACCUGCCGUCCUGGUUUGGCCUAGUGCUAAACGGGGCGCGGACGAUAUGCCUUGGUAUUGCCAUCCUUACCGUGUCUAGGGUAUUCUUUGGCAUACCAUUGCCGAUGGGUUGCGCCUAA